CCGUCCAAGGUCCUGCAGCUGCGCCACAUGGUCACCGACGCGGAUCUCAUCGACGACGAAGCGUACGCGGACGUCGUCGACGACGUGCUGCAGGAGUGCGGCUCCUACGGCGACGUCGAGAACGUCGAGAUCCCGCGGCCCGAGCCCGGCACGACGCGGCCCGCGCCGGGCCAGGGGUCCGUCUUCGUGGCCUUCGGCGACGCCUUCUUCGCGCAGGCCGCGCGCGAGGCCUUCGAGGGCCGCGCGUUCGACGGCAAGACGAUCAUCGCGGGCUACUACCCCCAGGACCUCUUC